CGGCCCUCAGAGCCGCCCAUCCCAUCGCCAGUCUCUCUCCCUCGUGGCUUCUGCCGUUCACUCCCACUUCGACCGUCUAAAUCUCAGUCAGCUCACGGAGUGCAUAUAGGUUGCCUUAGCGUUUUCGGCGGGAAGCGGGGGAAAUAGCCUCCCGUGAGGCAAUUGGUAUUCUCCACAUAUCCUCUCAAAAAACAAUUGCGACAAAUCUACCGGCUCUUGGAUGGGAAGCCGUGUAUAUUCCCCACAAAAUGCCCUCCUGCCAAAGAAGUCUAUUCGUAUUUGACUUUUAAUUCAAGACCCCCUCCCUCCCCCAAAAAACCACUUAAAAAUAAAUACACAUGACAAAUACAUACAGGUGUGCAUGUAUUCACCACAAAAUAGCCUCCAGUGAGACAAAACGAGGGGUUUUUUUGUGGGGUGGUGGUGGUAUCCUUAUACAGUAUUGUGGCAAAGAAACACAAACCACAGAGUAAAAGCUUACAGCUAAAACAGAUUUAAAGUCAUGGGGAAAUAUAAUAAUGGGAAGAUAUUUAAAAUCAGCCUUGGCCUGAAACGACAGCAAAGUAGGUCCCAGGCAAGACUUUCUGGGGAAGACAUCCUACAACUAGGGUGCCACCACUGAAAAGGCUCCUGCAGUUCCCUCAGAGGAGGAUAUUUGGACGCCAAGAUCUCAAGGUUCACAUGUAGAAUAAGAGUAUUUCUGGUGCCCUGCUCCCAAGGGCUUUGAAAAAUCAAAACCAGCACCUUGAGUGGAGCUUAGAAAUGAAGUGGGAUCUAGUGAAGAUGGCAAAAAAAAAUUAUCACCUGGUCCCAUCUAGCAGUCUUGAAGCCAUAUCCCAAACGAACUGCAGUUUCUGGAACGUUUUCAAAGGUAGUUGCACAUGCAACACGUUGUAGUGGUCCAAGCUCAUAAAAAUGUAUGAUUUAAUAGCUGCAGUGUCCACAGCAAUGUAAGAACCGCACUAGCAUACACUCCAACUGUCCAUAUUUUAGCCUUCUUGGGGGUAAAAAAUAUGGCUUUAAACUUUGGUGGCUUUAAAAACGGAUUAGACAGAUUCAUGGAGAAUGAGGCUAUCAUCCAUAGCUACUAACCACAUUGUUUAUGCUCUACCCCCAAUGUCAGAGGCAGUAAGGCUUCUCAGUGAGAGUUGCUAGGUACUGCACUCAGGUAUUGAUUGUGGGCAUCCCAUCAACAUCUGGUUGGCCACUGUAAGAAAAGGAUGCUGAACUGGAUGGGCUGAUACAGCAGGGCUCUUCUUAUGCUCUUUAAAAAAAAAUAGCAUGCACUUUGUACAAUAGCUUCUAGUCCCCUAUACACCAAAUAGGAGUGAUUAGCAAUACCAUAACCCACAUACAACCAGAUGCAUUAUGGGAAUGGCUGGAGGUGGGAUACUAUGGUUUCAAAUUAAGCCAGAUGCAACGAGACCCAUUUAAAAAGGACGAGGCUGAAUUUAGGUCCAUUGGAAAAGCUCUGCUAAUGUUUAGCCAAAAUCAGCUUCAUUGGAUUCGCAACCAUUGGUUCUAAUCCUAUAGUAGUUAUAGAUGCUUCAGUUUAAAAUGGAAAAUGGUUUUUAUACUGUAUUUUUAUGUGUCUUUGUGGUUUUUAACUGUGAUUUAAAUUAUUUUAGUGUUAUUUUAUGAUGACAGUAUGCCGCCCUGAUAUCCAAAGAAGAGGGGCAUGAAAGAGCCUCAGAGAGGCUGUUUAUAUUGUAAGCCACUUUGUCAAGACUAUUUGCCUGGAAAAGCAAGAUAUAGAGACAUAAAUAAAUAAAAGAUAACUAAAAUUGCUUCUACAGAGCACUGGCUUUUAUAGUGGACUAUAAAAGCCCAAAUUUAUAAGUAAUAGGUAGACUUAUUUUAUUAAUUCAGCAUCACUAUGCAACAGAGACAUACAAAAAUAAAAGUGAUUGGAUUAUUUCUAAUCAGGUUAGAUUUGAAAUCAAUAGCUAAGAUUAUGUAGUUAAGUCAUUCUGCAUAGUUGAAAGGGGAGAAAGCAUAAGGAUCUUUGUAACCAUCAAUAUUCCAGGGCUUGUGUAAUUAAAAUUAUCCCACAUCAUGUGAAACCAGAACAGUCCCAGUUUGGUGAAGUGUUUUUCCACUGACCAAUAGGAAGAUGGACAUUUUGGAACAGAUGGUAAAAGAAUAUAAUAAGGUCAGCUGUGAUCAAGCAUGAUACCAGUGAAGAGUGAGCUGGUUAUUGGUGUCCGGAACGUAAAGGAUUUAAAUUAAAUGGACAUCAAUUCUGACACGGUGGUUGUCACGGGUAAGGCUCAAUUUUUUUAGUCCUCUUUUAGCCAUGCAUGGAAUGUGCAUACACUGGUCUGCUCUUUGUCAUAAACAACUCCAAAGGCACACACAGACACACAAACAACUAGCAACUGGACAUACCAACAUUUCCAAAUGGAAAAUAGCUCACUGCUGCAACUUGCUAAAAAAGAUCAGAUGGUAUGUCAGUGGGGUAAAAGAAAAUGCAUGCUAUCCUUUAUCCAAGAAAGCUUGCCGUUCGUUAUUCCUGUCACUUCCGAAAAUAUCUCUUGAUAUCUUUUCCUGUGCGGGCUAUUUAGCCUCUAGGGUAAAACUAGAAAAGUGUUGCCUAAAAAGAGCUAUAGAGCAAGACUGCUUCCCAGUUCCACAUCAAGGUCCAAAAUUAGAGCCAACACAUGUCAAAUUUCAACUUCUCAGUUUCAAAACAAGGAGAUAAAAAUCAGAGGAAAUAACACACACUGUUUUAUUACCCCAACACUAUAAUAUAUAAACAGUGUGUUGAAAUAGCAUUCCGGAACAUCCAAUUCCCUGGAGCCAAUUUUGGAUAAUUUCUUUUCAGUUAUAGUUAAUGCUGAAUCACCAGUGAAGAUGCAAUCAGUUAAGAGAGAGAGACUGAGCUUUAAAAGGUUGAAACUCUCCUGGAAUGCCACUGCACACUCUUGCUCACUGUUACGCCACUAGCUGCUCUAAAGGCAAUCAUUACGUAUAGGCUUGACAUGUGAGUUGCUGGAUAGUUUUCCACUGUAGGCCAUCUGAGGACACAGGACUGAGAAUGAAGUGGCGUCAAAGAGAAUCUGAAUCUAGCCAUUUUCAGUUAGCACACAAUUUAAGAUUAUUUUUGUGUUUGUUAAAAUAGCUCCCAGGCAGCCUAGGCAGAAACAUUUCAGACGCUCCAUAGUUUUAGGUGACUUGGAUGAGGAAGUGGGAAUGACGAAGCCACUUAAGCUUUCUGUAGAAUUGUGGAACUGUGGAGUUGGAAGGGAUCCCAAGGGUUAUCUAGUCCAACCGUGUUGCCGUAAUCUGAACGAAAUUAUACAUAUCCAUUUUUAAUGUCCAUAUGAGGGAAAUAGAUUUAUUUGGCCACCCGAAAUGUCAUAAAAUCGUAUGCAAACAUCAGACUAGAUGUUUAAAAAACAUAUAGGGAAGAGAAUAUAAGAACAUAAGAAGAACGCUGCUGGAUCAGGCCAAAGGCCCAUUGAGUCUAGCAUCCUGCUACCACAGUAGCCAGAUUUAUACCUAUGGAAGCAUGCAAAGCAGGGCAUGAAUGCAACAACCCUCUUCCCAGUUGUGAUUCCUAGCAACUAGUACAGUGGUGCCUUGGUUCUCAAACUUAAUCCGUUCCGGCAGUCCGGUCAACUCUCGAAACCAUUCGGAAACCAAGGCGCAGAUUCCGAUUGGAUGCAGGAGCUUCCUGCACUCAAGUGGAAGCCGCGUCGGACAUUCGGCUUCCGAAAAACGUUCGCAAACCGGAACACUUACUUCCGGGUUUGCAGCAUUUGGGAGCCGAUUUGUUCAACAACUAAUGUGUUCAAGAACCAAGGUACCACUGUAUUCAGAUACACACUCCCUCUGAAGGUAGAAGGCAGGACACCAUCAUGGCUAGCCUUAACUUGCAUGAAAAGAAAAGGUUGGUGGUGUUUUUUAAGCCAUCCAUGUUUGAUUCUGGUAAGUUUUAAGAUGGAAGACUCUGGGGAAACUCAAAAGCUUGCACACUAUUUUAUGAACUGGAAAAGUCUAAUAUGGACUUUAGGAUCUUUCUUAUAGGCCAAGACAACUACCUUUGCUCUUUGAGAUCACCUUCUUCUUCUCCUUUUCCUUAGCUACAAUAACCAGCAACAAAUUAAAAUCCAGAACAGCAGCACCCAUUCAGAAGGGGGUGGUAUCAGCAGGUCUGGGGAGCCCCAAGGUUUGCACAUGGAAAGGGCCCCCCAAGGAAACCUAAAAGGGGGGAGGGCAAACAGCCCAAUCAGUAUGCUCAUUGGGCACGGAAUGGCACUGCUGGCUGGCUAAAACCCUAAACAAGAGAACAUCACACUGCAGCGUUUAUGUUUUAUGUCCCAUAUCUUUCUGUUAAAUGUGCAGGUGCAGUUUAGAGGUACUGCAGUGUCAUCACUAAAUGCCUCAGUCACUUUUUCACCUGCUUGAAACAAAAUUGUUGGCACCAUUUCUGGUUUUAGUAGCCAAUAUUAUUCAGUCAAUAUGAUCCCUGUGUUGGUUUCGACACUCCAAUAUUUGAAGAGCUCAUAAUGAAGUCACUUCUUUUAAUAGAACAGCUAAACCCUCGGCAGAGGUUUCUUAUAGCCACAGUUGCAGGCUGCACAUUUCACUCAGCUAGCUCAUAACUUGAUGUUGUACAACUCUGGUGAGCCCCCCAUUUCUUUUGCCGAAAAAGCAGUGAAGCAGAUACAGAACUAUAUCUCUGUUUUUCCUCUCAAAUGUUUCAUCUGUUCCCUGUGUGUUAUACCUGGUAAAAUAUUGUACUUCCUGAUCAAUCCUGAAACUCACUAGGCCGUCUUUGGCCCUUUUCUCGUUUUUUGCCUAACUUAAAUCACAGAGCUGUUGAGAAACCGGAAUAUGAUAACUUCAACCAUACUAUCCUGUGUUACUGAAUAUAAGGGGUGGGGCACCAAUAUGUUUUUAUGUAUAGAAAGAUAUACUGAUAUUCCCUCUCUAUGGCAAGAACUCUUGGGCAGAAGAUAAUGUGUGUAAUGUAGGAAGGCACGAAAAAUUGUCAGCUUGUUAGUUUAAAAAGAAUCUCAGAACUGGAACAAAAUUGGACAAAAUUUGCAUUUGAGUUUUUAAGGAGCCCUAUAGUUCUGAAGCAAGCAGCACACUUUGUCUUUAGAUGAUGGAUUUAUGUAUCAUACCCGAAGAGACACCAUCUUAGGUUUCUUCCCUGAUAGAGCCAGAAUGCAUUUUAAGAUGUUACUUGUGAACUGUAGUUUUUAUAAGGACUUGCAUUAAAACUAGCAUUAUUUCAAAAGCUGCUGCAUAAUUGAUAAUGGUUCUAUGAUUCUGUUGCAACUCUAAUUUUAUUGGGCAAGGGAAGGGGAAGCUGUGGCCCUUCAGAUAUUGCUGGAUUUUUAACUCCCAUCAGCCUUACUCUGAAUGGUCAGCAGCCAGGAAUCUGGGAGUUGUUGUCCUUCAACAUCUGAAGGAGCACAGGUUCUGCAUCCCUGGAGUAGAAGGGGCAAAAUCCUUCCACUAGUUCAGUACAAAAUUAAGCCCAUAGCUAAAUGUACCAUCCUGCAUAAAUGUAAAGUGGGCAGGUCUCCUAAUGUGGCUCAAUGGGUGAAAUACCUUUUAGAUCUUUGCAGUUCAUGAGCAAAGAGUCUACAUUAAAAGGAUAAGUUUCAAAUUUCUUACACAUCUAUGUGGAUUGUGGAGUAGAGGAUAGAUCUCUUCCCCUUAUACUACUUACACCUCUGUAUCUCUUUAUUCGUCUAUCCGUUCCAGCUCUUCAUGAAUUCAUGUUCCUGGGGUGGCUUACAACAUAAAAUCUAACAAUAAAACACAGCAACUAUUAAAAUACAGCAACUAAAACAUGCUUUCAGAUUCAAAGUCUUGUUCAGAGCAGAAUUAUUAACUGUAUUCUUUUAAUUUGCUAUGAAAAAUAUAACAGGAAUAUUACCAGAAAAAAAUGGGGGGGGGAGUUUAGUGAUUCAGCUAUGUGUUAAUUGUAAAUAGUUAAAUUUGUGUGACACAGAACUUGAACACAUGCCUGUAACCUGAAGUGAGGGUGUCUGUGGGGACAACAGGAAAUAGAGACUCAUCUGUUUGUCAUUGAGAAGCUGAGAUAAGGGAACCUUUUACUGUAAAAAUCUCAAGAACCAUUCAAUAAACAACUCACAGCAGAAGUUAGCCAAGGGAACAAAUUGUGACAAGAUCAGGAACUUAUGAAUUUUAAGGUUUUACUUAUUUGCUUUCAGGCUUUGGUCCUUUUCGACAGCAUCUUGUUAACUCUAGCUGGGAAGCAGCAAAGGUAAGAAUGCCCUUUAUGUUGAAGUACAAAAAGGAACAAUAUUCAGGUGUAGCUUUGUGUUUCUCUUGCGUUCAAAGGUAGGGUAUUUUUCACUACCUGGAAUUAUUUCUUUGUAAUCAAAACAUAAGCAAAAACUGAUGAAAUUUUAAAGGCAUGAAAUUUUAAGUGGGGAAAUUAUAGUAUUAAUAAAGCAUUACAUAAUCAGUUCAGAGUUCUGUUAAAGCACAAUAAAUUAUUUACUUUGAGGUUUCAGGUACAUCAUGGAGUUAUAGGACUAGUUAUCAAAGACUUAAGUAUGUUUAAGAUGUAGUGCAAGCUCUUGAUAAUUGGAAUCAUUAUUUCCUUCCCCUCACAGACCAAAUUUCACACAAGUUUUGUUUCUCAGAAAUUAGCUACUAGAAAAGAGAUGGGGAAAAUAAUACAAGUACUUUGUGUUCUGGAUAGGAAAUUUAUUGUACACCCAGUGAAGCAGUAGACAACCCAAAUCACUGAACCAGAACUUCCUUACUAAAUUGUCAGUAUUUCAAGCAAUCCAGGAGAUCAAGCAAUCCAGGAGAUCAAGCAAUCCAGGAGAUCUAAAACUACUUAGGAUUUAAAUAUCUGAAAGACUGCCUCCUUCCCUACAGAUGCUCUUGGGUAUUAAGAUCAGUAGAGAGGACCCUCUUGGUACUUCCAGGUGACAACCAAGAAUGGUGCAUUCUUUGUAGCAGCCCACUGUGGCAUUUCCUCCCCACAGAGAAAGCCUAGUACCUUCAUUAUGUGGUUAUUUGUCAUAUGUUGAAGACACUUCUAGUUAACCUGGCUUCUGAUACUUGAGAUAUUUAUUUUAGGAUCCACCCUAUUCUCUGGAUUAUAAUUUCUUAUAACUGAUUUUAAUAUUGUAUUUUAAAUUGUUGUAAUGCACUUUGGGACCUUGGUGUGAAGGGUGGGUAAGAAAUAUAAUAAAUUAAAAAUUAUUAUUUCUUCCAGCCCUAGCUUGCUAUGUGCCUGAAACCACAAGAAUAAUCACUUAAUAGCUCUACAUAUUGUUUUCUGGUAGUGUUUGGCCCCUAUUUUAGAGUACGGUAUACUAUCUUGGAGGAAAAUUAAGUGCCAUUUAUUUGCAAAUUAGUGCAGUCUAAAGCCAAAAUAAACUAAUGAAACAGAGCAUGGGAGGUUUCUUUGAAGAAUAAUUUUGGUUUCUUGCAGUGCUGAAAAAUGACAUAAGAUAAGUGAAAGCAGUAUAUCAUUAAACAUGCCAAAGCCCUGCAGUAGAAGACACAUUAAAGUCUCUUUCCUCUUUGGUUCCAAAAAUUACUUUUGAGUGUAGCUGAAGAUGCUGGUCCUUGUUGAGGACUAAGCCAGUGGUUUAUUCAGGCUUGAAAAACAAUUUGAUAGGUUCAGAUUCCACAAAUAAUAGUGUUUUUACACACACACCAACCCUAACCUCUUCUCUCUUUAUGUUGAUGGCAUCCAUCUUUGUCCCAAGCAAACCGAGAUUUCUAUGCCUGCUAAAAGAGCUAUGUUCUCCAUGUUUUGGAGAUGGGAGAACCCUGUAGAACAUGGGUAGGCAAUCUAAGGCCCACGGGCAGUCCGGGAAUCAGAGUGUUUAUACAUGAGUAGAAUUUGUGCUUUUAUUUAAAAUGCAUCUCUGGGUUAUUUGUGGGGCACAGGAAUUUGUUCACCCCCCCCAAAAAAAACCAUAGUCCUGCCCCCCACAAGGUCUGAGGGACAGUGGACUGGCCCCCUGCUGAAAAAGUUUGCUGACCCCUGCUGUAGAAGCAUUAAAGUUGUUUUUAGUUUACAAAUUCUUUUCUGUCCUCAGCUUUUGAUCAAAUAACCUUUCUUCUUGCUUACCAUGGACAGCAAACAGUAGUAGUAGCUUUCCAAUCUAUUAUUUGGCCUCGGUUUCUUGCAUGGAAAAGGGGGGGGGAGGAGGAGGUUACAUGCGGCCAUCUGACUCUGGCCUAACCAGUCACAGAAGAGUGUCUCAUUAAACACAGAGAAAUUCAAAUGUGUGUGAGAAAAUAAAAUGCUAAUUGUAAGCUGGCAUGGAUCUACUUUUGGAAAAACAGGCAAACAAUGCUGCAUUCUUAUGCAAGAUGAUGCAAGAGCCUCUCCAAGACCAUUCGUGCCACAGGAAAAACACAGCUGGCUGUGUUCUCCUAAUGUGUUUACUUCGCCUGCAAGAAUUGUUUGCUUGUUUAUGUCAAACAGUUUAUUGAGCACAGCUAAUCAAUGUUUCCGCUGACAAGGAAAUUGUAACAGUUUACUCAGGAAGCCAACCUUCAAGAACAAGCUUGCUCCAUUCACACACCAGUACCAGGGCAAUCUUAAGUCUGCAGCUCCUUCUGUGCCACCUUGGAUUCGGUGCAAUAAAUGAAACACUGGGACCUUCCAACUUGAAAAGGAAGAUAGAGAUUCUUCCAAACAAGGACAGGUCCCUGGGGAGUGCGUUAUGAGACACACAUUUAAUCAUCAAAACAGCAAGUAGUUGGGGGGCCAGGGCCAACAGAGCUUGGACAAGAGUUUUGGUAGCUAGUACACAGGAAAGGCAGAUCGUGGAAACAUGGAAGAUGACAUGGCAGCAGCUUCCCCAUAGGGCAAGGUCGGGGAGCUUGUGGCCCUCCAUAAGUUUUUGGAAUCCAACUCCCAUCAGUCCCAGCCAGCGAUGACCCUCCAAGACUACCUGGAGGACCAUAUGUCUGGCCAACACCUAGCCACUCCCUUAAAUAGGCUGGGGGUGGGCUGCUCACAGCCCCCAAGCCCCUGGCUCUGAUUGGCCGCCUGUACACUGUACGUCCUUAUCCGAGGGCCCGAUACGGCCGGAGGUUGGCAGUGCCAGCUGUUUCCUCCCCUGGCUGUGCCAGAAGAUGGGGGCCUCCCUGGACCCACUGCAGCCAUGCCAUGCGACAAUGGCUGCUCACCCACAGUCUCAGGUGAGCGGUUAUUUUCUCUGUUACGCAUUUGGAAUUCCUAAACAUUGCAUUGGUAACUUAUACAAACAUGGUUAUGUCUACCUUCAAAAGUUGAGAACACCUCUGCUCUAUCAGACAAGGCUCUUAUACGUUUAAAAAGGAAGGAUGAUGAAUUCAUGGUUGCUUAGGCCAUCUCCUUCUUCUGCAUGCUGAUCAGCCAUAUCUAAGAAAUGGGGUUUAGGAGAAGUUGGGCCACAAAGUUUAGCUGUACAGCUUCCUCUGAAACAUCAAAUAUUUUAACACAAGUUUUUCACUCCAACACAGGAACUGGCCAGAAUUGGUCUUGGAAGUGAUGUAGACCUACACAUCAUGGAACUGCCAGUGGCUUACAAAAAAGCAAGAGAGAUUGUCUGUCAAGCAUGGGCAACCCUUCAGCCCCAAGUAAGUGAAAAUAUUACUAGAGGACUCAAUUUAAAAUUAAGCUUUAGAUUCUCAAAAUAUUUUGUGUAAUCUUCAGGAGAUUCAUUAUUAUUUUUAGACAAACUGCUGGGAUUAAUCUUUAAAGCCCUAAACAUAUUGGGACCAGGUUAUCUUACAGCAGGGACUCUUCAGAUGGUAUUGGACUCUUAACUCACAUCAGUCCCAGCCAGCAUGGCCAACAGGAAGAAGUGAUGGGAGUUAUAGUUCAACAACUGGAGGGCCACAGGCUCUCCAUUCCUGCCUUCAGGACCAUUUUCACCCAUAUACCUGCACCCCCUUUAGCAGACAUGCAGUGUUCUGCCUUCUUGCCAGUAGCCACCCCCCCUUACUCAACUUCCUUCUGAUUAAUUUACAUCUCAACUUUUCAGCAACAGGGCUCAGAAAAACUUUUUCUUCACUGCUGCCCUUCAGCAGUGUUAAUUACUUGUUUUUCUCAUAGUAACUGUAUAUCUAUCGGAUAUCCUUAAUGCAUCUGAUAUCAUGCAUGCUACUUUGCGAGGUCCUGGCCCUAAAAAGUAACAUACAAAUAGUUUGAAUGAAUAAAUAAAUAGACCCCCAAAAACCACGACUUUCUCCCCAACACAGUGGAAACAUAGAUUUCCAGGGACAAGGUUCUCUAUAGCAAGUCUGUAUUUCACACAAGGCCAGGGCACAGAUUCAUUAUAUACUGUAUAUCAGAACUUAUUUCCUAUCUUCUCUCUUGUGGGGCAACCUACAGGUUAUGAUUCAUAUUGGCCUGGUUUCUACUUCUAAAGCAAUCAUCAUUCUGGAGCAGUGUGGGAAGAACAAAGGCUAUAAAGAAAAGGAUGCUUGUGGAUUUUGUCCAGAAAAAGGUUGUUGUGUCUUAGAAGGCCCAGAAAGAAUAGACUCCACAAUUAAUCUGAAGUGUGUCUGGAAAAACGUUCAGGUGGAAGGGAUGGAUGUAAUUUUUUCCAGAGAUGCAGGAAGGUAAAUUACUUGCUGUAUUGAGAAACCAUGUCAGUUGUGGGAGACAUGAACAGUAUCUUCUGUGUAUACUGGCCAAUACUUAAUGGAACAUGAUCUAAACUCUUAGGACCCCAAGUUAACCACAAGGUGGAUCUGAUGCAGCUUUUUCUCAAGUUAGCCCCUUGGUCCAUGCAUGCAGAGAACCUGUUUCUUGAAGCUUCUCCAUGAGUCUCAAAGUUGGGAGCAAACCUUAAUGCACGGGGGGGGGGGGUAAUGUGUGGCCCUCCAGAUGUUACUGGACUUCCCAUUAUCCCCAGCCAGAAUGGCCAAUGGCCAGGAUUGACUAGAAUCUCAGUCCAGCAACAUCUGGAGGGCCAAAGGUUCUCCACCCAUGAUGUAGGGAAUCUUUUACUGAAUGCGAUUUGGCAUUUCUGUGCCGUAACACAUCACUGAAUUUGGGUUACUGUAAUUAUAAUACUAUUUUUAUAAUGCAAAUUUUCUGGUGCUAGAUAAAGCACAGCUGUGCAGAUAUUCUUGAAAUUGUUUGCUGUACUGAGAUGCUUUUAAGCAGUUAGCAACCUUACCUCUUCUGAAGCGUUGUCUGAAAGCUAGUCCUCAAAACCAAGAUGGAGUUAACUGUUAAAAGUAUAUAAUUAAGCAUACAUAUUGUGUAGUUUUAAGUAUACCUUUCCUCCAUGCUGCAGGUACGUUUGUGAUUACAUCUAUUAUACCUCUCUUUACUAUGGUAAUGGAAGAGCAGCGUUUAUCCAUGUACCUCCUCUAUCCCAAUGGGUGACAGCAGAACUUCUUGGAAGAGCCCUGCAGACUGUUAUCUUAGAGAUCUUAAAGCAAUGUAAACAAGGGAUAAUGUAAAACCAAAAAACCUACACACACAAGUUACAAGGUAUGUUCAUUUUCAUCUGACUUUAUGAAAAAUGUAAUACAAUCAGUCAUACCUAUUAAAAAAUAACCAAUGCAAUCCAAUGUUCUCUGUGUGUGCAAACUUAUGCCUUCAUGAUUCAGUGCACACACUGCUUACACUCAGGGAUGAAAUGUAAAAAUACUUUGGGACAAAGGAGCUGCAUGUGUACAUUGGAGGGAUGUGGAACCUAUGGCCCUCCAGAUGUUGUUGGGACUACAACUCCCAUCAUCCCUCACCAUUGGCCAAGCUGGCUUGGGCUGAUAGGACCUGGCUUUCCAUUCCACCCGUAACUGUAUGGAACAAUACACCGUGCACAUGUUAAGUGUCUAUGGAAAACCAUAGAAACUUAAAGUAAAGCUGUAAAACCUUGCAAAUAAAUAAAUCUUUCUGUAAUUCUGGUUCUGAUGAGGAAAAUCUUGAAUUUUAAAAGAUGCGUUACUGCAGAUACUUUUGUUAAGAAAAAUUAUCCAAAGGGUGGACAACGCUCCCCUCCCGAAGAAACAAAGUAGCUUUAAUAGAAAGUCAUCAUCAUCAUUUAGAGCACAUCUUGUUAGAAGAGGCUGCACUUUUUUAAAAGUAUCUUGUAUUCUGAAUAAAAGGCAAUACACAGUACGCAAAAAUGCAUACAGAAUUCUUUUUAUUUAACUUAAUUAUGUAGUACUGUAACUACUAGAAAAAAAGCAGAGUAAGAGAAACUAAAGGAGCCUUAGCUUCAGCCAUUCAAAAUAGACAAAAGGUUCUUUUUUUCAUAAUGUAAAGAAUCCAGAAUAUAUCGCAACAGGAAUAAAUUCUUACAACAGAAUAUACAAAAACAUUUUGAAUUUUUUUCAUCAUCUACUGAUUCAUUUUAAUAUAAACACAGGAAUUUCUUUAGGAAUAAUUUAUACAUAGCAAGUCUUUAUGUAAUAAAUUGGCCAUGUUAUUACUGUUUUAUUUUAUUUUUUAUUAUUUUUUAAAAAAACUUUAUAUUUUAAACAAGGUAACUUGGAAAAUGUUGUUUGCAAAUGCAUUCAGUUCCAUAGCACUUUCUAGUUUCUGUGUUUUUUCCCCAACUUUUUUGUUCCAGAGGUAGAACAACUCUGGCCAGUCCUUUCUUCUCAAACCUCACUGGUUUAGAAAACAGAAAAAAAAUAUUAAAAAAGGCAACAGAACUACCCAGAACUGUUCGGGUAAAGAGGAGAAGGAGCUGUUUUAAUUUGGGUACAGAAAUUGGAUCUUCGGUAUUCUUGUUUAAAUAAUUAGAAUAAUAAAUAGGGACCUUUGAUGGUCAUUUAAAACAAAGAUUUAACGUUGCUAAAUAUCUACAUAAAUUGUACAGGCUGCAUACGAAGCCACCUUUUCUUUGAAUAGAAGUGAUAAGGAAUCUGUAAACGUAAGUUGUCUUUCUUUCAGUGAUAAGUAUUGAAAGUGGCUUUUCACCACGAUAUCAUACUAUGCAGUCAAAUCCUUCAAUCAACCUAGGCAACAAUAAAGCAGGUACUUAAAUAAUGCAAACAAUAAUUCCAAUCCCAAACACGUUUACUUGGAGAUGCAUUUACCCUGGAUUUCAGUGUAACUUACUUCCAAAGAAGCGUACUGAGGAUUGUAGCUAAAGACUGCGUAGCAGCAACAAUGGUUCUGUUUCCUUAACCAAUGAGGUUUUAUCCCAACCUGCACCCAUACAGUAUAAGUGAAAUGACCAGUUGAAAAUGAUCCCACCCAUCCAGAGGGCUCUGGAAGACCAGGUGACUGAAGAUACAGAACAUAUUCUGGGUUUACUGUGUAUUUGGGGCAACAAAUGAACCAUGAUUUAAGAGUUGGUACAGGAUCCUUUUUUGGCAUAUUGUAAAGCUAACUAGUAAAACCAGUAUCCUAAAAAGGAAAGGAAAGGAAAAGAAAACCUUAGACAUACAUCCACACACACUGAAAAGUGCCCUUAAAUUAUUUUAGGCAUUUAUAAACUACAAACAUUUCUAUAAAAAUCAUUCUAUGUACUUAUAAAAUGCAAUGAAAUAUGUAAUAAGGGUUUUGUUUUGUAAACCAGAGCUUUGUCAACUGACUACCCGUAAUCUACUGGACUUAAGAGCCCUAUUGAAAAUGCUAAUGGAUUGCUAGUCAACAGAAAGGAUACAAAAGUAAAAGAUGACAGCCACACACAAGUACACACCCAUUCCACAUGCACAUCUAAUGAAAGCCAUCUGGAACUUGUGCAACACUUAUUUAUGGUCAGGUGGCCCAGUCCAGCAAUCCCUUCCAAUUGCUCUAGUACGUGCGUAGAGCACAUGCGCCACUCCAGCAAGGACUUCCCCAUUUACUUCAGCGGAACUGCCUUCCAUUAAGGUGAACAGGGAAGCCAGGUGUGCAGAACUCCAUGUGCACACGGAGAACUGGAUCAGGGUAAACUUGUUAUCAUGAGUAAUAGCCUUUAAUAAAGUUCUACAUAGUGUACUUGACUCCACAGCAAAGACACUGAGACAGGAAUUCAAUUAUACAAGGUCAAAUUAAUUAGUUGGAUGUUGUCAUGCUUUGUAAACUAUGCUGAACUUCGGGCAAACUGUGUCUUUGUAUAUCAGUAUCUUUGCCCCAUACCUGUAUUUCACAGUGUCUUGCAUAUUUUCUGCCUUCAGUUUGGAUAGACCUCCUUAUAGUUCUUUUAAAAAACCUAUUAAAAAGAAAUGUUAAGUGCCUUGACUCAGAACCAGUUGGUCUUCCAAACUGAGAUGAUAGCCAGCAACUUCUAGAAUACAACCCCAUUGGUUCUGUAUCUUCAGCACCCGCAGGGGGGGGAAAGGGUUCAACCUAUACGUAACCAUUGAGUCGGCACAUAUAUAUGGACAUGCUCUCUUGUUAUUUCUGUUUGUGCCAACAUUUUUUUUCCUUUUAAUUAUGCUUAAAAGAGUGGGGUUGCAGUAUGUAGAGUUCAUUGCUGGGCUAUGCAACUAUGGCAGGAGCCCCAAUAGAUCCACUCAUUGUUAUCCAGUGAUGGAGUACACCAUUGAAAAAACAAAAUUAAAAGAGCAUAACAAGAAUGCGUUACUGACUACUGGAAUGGAAUUUUUUUUUAAAAUAGAACUACAUAGAACAUUAUAUCAACAACAGGAGUGUCAUUCAUACAGCCAUGGAUUGUAGUAAACAACCCACAGCAGGUUCCCAGAGAUCUAAAAAGCAGUUCCAUCUCGUGACUAGUCUUGAGGCUGAGCAUUUCUUUUAUUUUCUGUAUCAACAGUAGCAUCAGCGUUGAACUGUGAAAGAAUCUUUAACAUCUCUUCUCUCAAGGAGGAGAAAUUAAUUGGAAAUUAGCCCCACCUCAUGCUCUGCUUUUGGUGUCUAGUUCUUUUCAUAACAAGGUUAACAUCUGAUUUAAUAGCAACCAAGCAUGCAACACUUCUGUGUUGAUACAAAAUUCCUUCCUCUGAAACCAAACCACCUCCUGCACGUCACUAAAAGAACUCAGUGACAGACACAUAUGAAUCACAUUUUGGGGGGUGGGUGGGGGUGGGUACUACAUCAAAUGGAGGUGUCAUGAAAUGCAAAUCUGGGGCUAAUUAUAAGAUCAGAAGUUAACAAGUCACCAUUUCUGGACGGCAUACAUGCUGUUCUUUGAAAACUCCAAAUGAGAAAUUGUUGCUCUUAAAAUCUGCAUGUUGCUUCAAUACAAACUGGCCUCUAUACUGGAGGAUUAGAAAGUAGUCAAAUCCCAACAAUUAUAUUUUUUUAAGUGAGCCAGGAGGACCUGGAAAAAGACAGGUCCAUUCACCGAACAUCCAUCCCAGUAAAAUGGGCAGAGUGUACAGAAGACAGAAUAAUUAAACAGAAGCAGCAAACUGGCUUCUGCAAAAUGAAAUCCUGCCUCAUCCACAUUUUAGAAUUCUUUGAGAGAUUCAAAAAACAGGUAGAUCAGGAUAAUCCAAUAGAUAUUAUAUUGCUCUGACUUCUAAAAAAUUUUUUGCCAAAAUCCUUCACCAGAGACUCCUGGAUCAAUUUAGCAGUUAUGGAAUAAAAGGGCAACUCCUCCUAUGGAUUACUAAGAUUAAAGAACAGGAGGCAGAAACGAAGAAUAAUGGGGAAACCUCUCAAUGGGGGAAUAUAAACAACGAAGUCCCAACAGGAUCUGUAUUGGGACUGAUGCUUUUAAAUUUAUUAAGGAUAGUGAACACUCAUGCUGACCAUGAAAAGCUCCAAAGAAGAACAUGGGGAAUGAAAUUGUGUGAUGCACACUGGACCAAAAAAUAACCCUAACUUUACACAUACAUGUUUGAUGGGAUCUGAACCAUCAAGUUGUUUCCAAGAAUACAUACUGGUGGUUGUGGUGGCUAUUAAUGUGCAGCGGCAAUGAAAUAAACCAAUUAGGGAUUGUUUGGAAAUUUAUUGAAAAUAACAUUACAAAUAACCUAAUCAAUUGGUGCAAAGUCACUUGAAAUGUUGGGUAUGAUUCUGCUCACUACAUCUCAACAAGCUGGAAAAGGUGUGACCAUGGGGUUGGAACAUUUUCCCAGAAACGAAAAACUAAGAAGUUCAGCGCCUUUAAAAUUUAGAAUAUAAAACAUUAAGGGGGGGUGGAUGAUAGAGGGGUUUUUUUUUAAAAAAAAUGCACAAGGGAGAGAAAAUGGGUUACAGAAAGUUCUUCUCAUUGACACUGGAUCUCUGGGUCACCCAAUGGUAGAAGGUUCAGGACACAUGAAAGAAAACACAGAACUUGCUGCUACAAGAUACAAGGAUAGCCACUGGUUUAUAUGGAUUUAAAAAGGAGGCUCCAUGGAGGACGAGAGGCCAUAACAAUGGCUGAUGGCCAUGUAAGUUAAAUGGAACAUCUGGAUCCAGAUGCAACAACCCUCUUGCAGGAGGAUAUAAACUAGAAGGGCUGCAGCCUUCGUACCUGGCUUGUUGACUGCUUAGAAACAUCUAGCUGGCCACUGUGGAAAAAUGGAUGCUAAGACUGGUUGGAUCCUUGGUCUGAUCCAUCAAGGUUAUUCUUAUGUUCUGAUCAAAAUACAUAACGGACCUGGUAGUCCAGCUUUCUUUUUUUCCUUCAAUGAAGACAAUCUGUGUUGGUAAGUCACAUCUGGUGACUGAAGGAGCCAAGAUCUUCUGUGUUUACUAUUAAGAACACGAAUAGAUUUUUUUUUUUUUUACAAUGUUAAUUCAAACAUCUUUAAUUCAAGCCCAUCAAGAUCUAAAAUCAGUUCUCCAUCCCGUGCAAGACAAGAGUCUUGCUGAAAACCCCAGCCUCAUGCCCAAUAUGAAGCCAACAUUAAUUCUGUUUGACAUGCAUAAACAACCGUAUGGGAAAAGCCAGGUAUAUUAUAUAUGAUCUGGGACACAUACAUGUACACACGCACGCAAAUCCCAAUACAAAGAACUGUGGAAACCAAAAUGGAAUUAUUAAAAAUGUUGUGAGUGCAGAAUGCAAUGGUAGAGUCGAGGUGGUUUGGUCCAGAUGGGCUGACUUAUCACAUGGGCCCACUUGCUUAGUCACAUGACUGCCUUACACUUGAAUGCUUCUGAAAUGUGUUUUUUAGAUGGGCACUACAUUGUUAGUGUUCUCUCCUAAUAUUUCAAAACCACCUACAUACAAUAAAAAAUAAUAAUAACUUGGACAGUUUUAAACAAAACCCUCUUAGCCAGCUGAAAGGACUGAGUGAAGAUCCCCACGGUUGUGGAGAUUUAAUAUGUGCAAGAGAACAGAGGCCACCACCACCACCACAAAGGAUCACCAAGAAGAAAAGGACAAAACCAAGAGACUAAGCCAGGGGAAGCCCGGCACAUCAGGCAUUCCAGAUUCCUUCCCACCUCCCACUCAUCCCAAGGUCAAGCGCAGGAACUAGAUAGUCAUGCUCUCUCAAGGCGACAACUUAAGUGUGUAACCACGGGCCAUGUAUCUAAGAGGCUGUAUAAGUCCAAAAAUAGUCAACUAACACAAUCAGGUGCCGUGCCACAAGCCAUACCUGCAGGAACAACUUCCAGAAUCAGGUACACAGAAUAAAAAAAUCUUACUGAUAAGAUUAAGCUGUGACAAAUCUGACGACAGGAUGGUCAGAACCCACACCUAAAGCAGAGUUUUGGAGGUGUGGGGAAAGGAUUUCAAGAUGAUCAGCACAUUCAAUGAAACAUGCCUCAGUGCUCCUGCUAAACAGAAGCAGCUCCCACUCCUCUCCACCAAAGUUCCUAAUGUGUACAUUGAGUGGGUUCUUGGUUUGAGGACAGCACAUUUCACUAUUUGUUUUAGCCAAAGAACGGAACCUACCACAUGUCAUCAUUAUUAUGUAGGUACCACUUUGCUCCAGCAGUCUUUUUUUGUGGGUGCUUGGGGCAUCUGAAAGACAUGCAUCUGCUUGGACUCUUUAUCCAUACACAGCAGAGCAACCAUCCAAAUUCAGUACACAACUGGUGCAUGAUAAAUGUAUUAACAGUUGUCAUUUUCUUAAACCCCAGAGAGCCACUAGUUCUCAGCCAGGAUGACCUGGGUCUGUUGUGCUUCACUAUGCCAUUCUUUUCGAGGACAUGGGCAUAUUCCACUGAGGUUUCCCCCCCCCCCCCGCCCAUUCAUUUCAACAGGUUUUAAGAGCAGCUAUUGAUUUCAGCUCAAAUGACUUCUGACAAUGAUUUUCAACUCUCAACACAGCAUCAAGUGAAAGCAUAAACGGUGUUUUGAAAACAGCAGCUACAAAUGUUUUUAGGUGACCUUUUUGAUUUGGUAGUGACCUCUCCUCUCCAAAACCUGGAGGAUGUGGUUUGUACAAUGAAUGAGGUUACCGGUAUAUCAACAGUAUACUGUUGGCUGCUGAGAGAUGUAUAUUUAUAUAUUUAUAUAUAUAUAUACACACACAAAAAUAAGAGUGAGGUAGAUAAAUGUUUGAAAAAAUAAGAAAAAAUAAAAAACUGUCCCCUUGUCAUAACUCAAAAACCCUUAUCUCAGUAUUUAAAAUUUAUUAUGGGGCGUCUCUACAGUGAUUUAAACUGAUAGCACAAAAAUAAAUAAAAAAAUCCUACAUAGAAUACCUUUUUUUUCUUUUUUUAUAAAGGGGGGGGAUAUAGCUAACUAUGGGAUAGGUGAAAAAGAAAAUAAUGGGACUGAAGCUACACAAAUGAGGGGAGGGGAAGCACUACAAACAUAUCAUUAUCUCCAGUCACAUCUAGCAAUUAUAUUUUAAUUCUUUGUUCUCAGUCAAACACCCCCUCCCGCCCAAAAUGAAAUAUUUCAACAUUUCCAUCCCAGAACAACCCUUCUUUUUUUGCUGUCAGACUUUGGUUGGAUCAGUGCUAAUACAGAACUUCCAUGCAGUUAAGUACAGGUGAAUUAACGAGUGUUAAGGCACCUUGAUUUUGCAAACUGCAGGCUCCCUGUUCCUCUACAGAACAUAUGCAACUCAGCUAACAAAUUACUCCUCGCUUUGUUUGGGGAGUUUGGUCUGAACUUAUGCGGAUAUUCAUAGCUGCCGCAAGGGAACCACUGGCUCACAUACAAACAGUGGCCCCAAAUGCUCAAGACCUCUUGCGGCUUGCCUCCAUUUUUAACCACCCACCAUUUCCUGCAAGCUGGAACUAUCAGCAACCCUCGUUUUUUGCCACCAGAGCCUACUUUUUCAAAAAGAAAAGAAAGAAAAACAAACACAGAGGUUUUGUGACCUUGUACAAAGUUGCCAGCGCUGAGAACUAAAAGAGACGUGCUGUUCGUAGGAUGAAAGGGUUAAAAACCAAUCAAUCUGUUGUUUUCUUAAAUGACCCCCAAAUCUGGUAUUGGCAGCUCAACAGCUGUUGCACCCAACAUUUAAAAUACAUAUGCAUGUACUUUUUUUUUUUUAUGCGUGUGGUUGUUUGAGAGAGACAACCAAAAACAAAACAAAGGCAAAAGGAAAAUGGGGGUGAGGCUAUCAAUACACCAAUAUGAAUAUGAACACUGAAUAAGAAUGUACUAAAUAGUUAACUUGUUUUCCUGACCUGAGCUUGCAUCAUACCUUGCACUGUAACAGACAUGGGUGCUGUAUUACGGGCAAAGGGCGAGGAAAAGGAGGAGACGGUUAAAAAAGGGGGAGGAGGAUACAUAUUCAGGCAGGAUGCAGAAGUCACGCUACCAGAAAUAUAUCUCCCCCCACCCAGGCCCGCCCAAGCAGCCUAUAGAUACUGUUAAAAUAACUAACAGAAACGGGGUGGAGGAAUAGAGAAAUUUGAGAGAGAGGAAGACAGGGGGGAGGAAACAGAAACGUAUUUAUAAAAGGCAUUAACAGUUGAUGGCAAAUCAUGUUUCAGGUAUCACGUCUUGGGAAAGCGGGGGGUAGGCGAAAAAGAGAAGUUACACAUUAUAGUACAAAGCAUUUAGAAACUUUUUUGGGAAUGGGGGGGGGAAGGGGUGGCAAGAGGGAAAAAAGGGGGUAGACCUGAAGAUUUCUCAUAGAUUAAAUCCACAAAGAUAAAGAACAAAAAAAAUAGCAGCUUUUUUUUUUCUGUACAGACAUAUAGAUGAGCAUCUGAACUGUAAAAAAGUUAUAAAAGUGACACAAAAAGACAAUGUGUAUGCAAAUGAUCCAUGGUCUAACAUAGAACUGCAAGACCCUUUGAAGUCUUAAUAACAGAGAGAAAAAAGGUCAACAAAGUGUUGGAUGCUUGAAUCCGUUUAAUUGGCUAUUCUUCUCCAUUUUGUGUGUGUGUUUCUCUUAAGUAUUUCCCCGCAAGCCUGCCACGGAACAGCAGGAACAACUCAUGGAAAUUCCUUCUUUUUUUCUGUCUAUUUCCUUUUCGUAGUGCUGUUGAAUUUUUGCACAAAAUUCAUCUCUGCCCCACCCCCACCCCACCCCCCGAUUUGGCUAACCAGUGCCAGUUUUGUCCAGAAUUCAUAUAAGGGGAGGUAAUUUAUUUCACCUCUACCCUCUCCUUUAGGUUCUCAACUGCAUUUUUAAAAAAAUCAGGCUUUUUGUCCAGUCAAAAAAACAAAAAAUCUAGACAGUCUGAUUUUUUUAAAAAAAAUAAUGCCAGUGUAUGAUUGGAGUGUAUUGGUCUGAGUUUCAUUUUAAGGGACCAUGUGAUUAUUUUGCCCCCUUGAUGCCUACCCAAAAACAAACACCCCUAAAAGAAAGUUCGUUUUGUGGUUUUUUUGGCAAAAUUUGGCAGCGUUGAAAACAGUUUACAAGCUUGGACAAAUAAUGGCCUUUCUUUUUAUCUCUAAGGUGAUCCUAAAAAGACUAAGGAAUAAUAUUAAAAAUCCAGUCCUUCCCCCUGCCCCUCUUUAAAUCCUGCUUUGCUUUUGUAACAACCUAAAGUGUUCAGCAGGUGCUUGCGAGGGGGAACAGAGAGAGACAGAGAGAGAGAAGGAGGGAGAGGGAGAGAGAGAGAGAGAGAGAGGAAGAGAGAGUGUGUGUGUGCGCGCCUCUGCUGGCCUGCCAUUUUUCUUUUGAUGUGAUUCUUUAAAAAAAAAAGAAAAGUGCCGUACAGUUGAACUUCACGCAGAUAUGUUUCCCAUUAUGAAGCAGAAAGGAAGGAAAGAAAGGGGGAUGCACACAUCAGAUUCUCAAGUUUUCAUUUGCUAUUGUGACUGUCAAAGAGUUUUAGAAGGCUGAGUGUGUGCCCCACAUUCAGAGUUUUGUUUUUUGCUUUGAAACAAUCUUCUGCUUGCAUAUUGAAAAAAAAAAGAAAAAAAGAGAGAGAAAAAUGCUAUUUCGACUUUUAAACCGAAGAGAGGAUUCUCCUGUGUGCAGCUAUGACAGUUCUGAAGAUCCACUGAGGUACAGUAGGCUUUUGAAUAUAUUGUUAUUUUUCUUGCUUGCUUUGCUUGCUCUCUCUCUCCCCCGCCCCUCUCCCGAUGCUUGUGCAGAUGCACGAUUUCGCAACAACGACAAAAACAACAACACCUGGUUCUGAAAGGUCAGCAGGCCGAAGACUGAGGCAAAGGCAAGGCUCGCUCAUUCUUGCGCCCCCCGUUCAUGUGCGCGUACGGCUGCCUCUCCUCAAAGCUGGCCCGCAGGACCACCACGCCGGGGCCGUUCUCAGCUUUAUGUCCUGAGUGUUUGUCAGAAGGUUGGAGGGUUGAGGAAGGAUCCAAAGGAAUGCUCUCCAUGUUCUCUGUCUCUAAGUCAAGCUCCUCCGUGUCGGGCGGCUUGUUCUCGUCGCUGUAGAAGAAGGAGACCUCUUUGAAGGCUGGGUCCAGUUCGUCCUUUAUGCUCCCGAUGAUCUCCAGGAAGGAGGGUCUCAUCUUGGGAUUGUACUGCCAGCACAUGCGCAUCAGCUCGAAACUGGAAAGAGGAGAGAGGAAAACACACGGGCGUGAAACCACCAAUCUAGUUUUGCAGCGCUGAGUAUCUAUUCAUUUAUAAAUGUGUCUCUAUGCCGCCACAUUGCAAAGUAUCGGGGCAGUUUGCAAGGUGAAACUAGAAAACACCAUUUAAAAGAAUACAGUCGUACCUUGGUUGUUGAAUGCCUUGGUACUCGUACGUUUUGGCUCCCGAACGCCGCAAACCCGGAAGUGAGUGUUCCGGUUUGCGAACGUUCUUUGGAAGCUGAACGUCCGAUGCAGCUUCUGAUUGAGCACAGGAAACUCCUGAAGCCAAUCGGAAGCUGCACCCUGCUUUUCGAACGUUUUCGGAAGUCAAACAGACUUCCAGAGCGGAUUCUGUUCGAGAACCAAGGUACGUCUGUACAAACAAAAAUACAGAUUACCAGUAAGGUGACUGGUUAAUAAAAAAACUAAACAGCUGCAAAGGUCUGUCUACAUAAAAAUGUCUUCAACAGAAAAACAAAAUGGAAUUCUAGCCUGGUAAUAGAUCAUGGGUGUUCCAAAUAAUUUUUUUGGACGGGGUAUGUGUGUGUGUGUGUGUGUGUGUGUGUGUGCGCGCGCGCGCGCAAUAUGACAGGGGAAGCAGGCUAAUUUCUCACAAAAAAGUAAGAAUACUGCCUGUACAUUUGGCCACAUUCUACAAAUGCCACAAACUUACUUUUAAAAAAAAUAUGAAAGCUGAAAAUCUGGGAUAACGGUUUAUUUGAGGAGGGGGGACUGCCCCCUUACCUUCCCCCAGCAGACGCCCAGGACAAGGGGGUGAAAUGUUCUCUCCCCAUCCCCCUUUAAGUAAGCCCUAUGUUUGCCUAGCUUCCCUCCUCUUGAAAAGCAGGCAGCCUGCAGGAACAGCUGCCACCCCCUCCUCACCUUCCCCCACCCCCUCACAACCAAGGAGAAAGAGUGUGACAAAAAUAUCCGAGAUCCAUUUCUGUUACUUCAUCGCUGUUCCUCCCCAGCUGACGAGGCUCUGUCUGGGGGGGGGGGGGGCGGACGGACUGGCACACCAGCUGGAGCCAAGAGCAUGGGACACUGGGCUGGCUUCCUGCCCUGUGGCCUUUGGGCAUUGCUGAGGAGAUACCACAACCAGUGGAACGGGAGACACGUGACUAGCAGCGCCAGCAAGCACACAUCACACUUCCUUUAAGCCAGUGCCAGUGCUUCCCAUAAUAGGAAGUUUUUUGCUACUCGCACCGAGUGGUUAAGGAGGCCUUGUUUAUACUGUCUUGGAAACAAGAUGCACUUCCCAAGAUGGAGGAAGAAUCUGUAAGUGGAUGGAACCGGGAGGGAGAAGAGAAAACCAAUAUGCUAAUAACAGCAUCUUCUUUGCUGGAUUCCGAAUGGAAGUCCAUGUCUGAGGCUGGAUUAAUAUGUAGUUGCAGUUGUGUGGCUGGAAAUGAAAAGCAACAACCACCCGUCUUGGUCCGUCAGAGUCCCCCUGUUUAAGCUGGCAAUGAUUCAUUAUAGGUACAGUAUUUUUACACUUGAAGAAGGCUCCCAGAGCAGCUUAGAUAUGAGCAAUGGGGGAGAGAGAGAAAAAAGGAAGGAAGGAAGGAAGGAAGGAAGGAAGGAAGGAAGGAAGGAAGGAAGGAAGGAAAUCUCUGCCUGGAGGCUUGCAGUCUAAAAGGCACCAUACAAAAGGAACAGUUGAUGGGGAGAGAAGAGGGCAAGAAGAAAAUUCAGGAACCCUUAAGUUAAUAGUUUUUACACUGAGCAGCUGGAAUGAAAACAGUUCAGGGAGAGGAAGAGCCAAAUGGAGCUGGUCCUUCAGUAGAGCAAAGAGGACAGAUCCUGGUGAUGGAUGGUUUCCUGCCCCCUUUGGACCAACAGCAGGUGUGUAUGAUGCUGGUUGGAACAACACUCCAAAAGAUGGGGGCAGAGCAACAUGAUAUACAAGCCAAAUGUGGAGUAGUGGUUAGAGUGCCAGAGUAGGACCUGAGAGACCAGAGUUCAAAUCCUAACUCUGCCAUAAAGCACCACCAUCAUCAUUUAUUUAUUUAUUAUGCCACCCAUCUGACUGGAUUGCCCCAGCCACUAUGGGCAGCUCCCAACAAAAAAUAGCAAAAGCACAAUACAACAGCACACACUACAUACAGAAAUCUCAAACAGUAUGUUCUUAUUCACAAUAUAUUUUAAAAUAGUUCAAAAUACUCCUUGAACUCUGGUAUUGUCUCUUGCUUGUCUGGAUGGUACAUAGACAUAGACACACACACACACACACACACGUGCGUGUGUGUGUGUGCACGUGCAAAAACCAACCUACAGUACAAAAGCAAAGUUCCCAUUCAUUGCUCCAUCUUUCACUGAUGUGUGGCCCUCAAAAGGAUGUUAAGAAGGUAAUGUGGUCCUCGUUCCCCAAGCCUGCCCAGGGCAAGACCUUGAACUUGACUUGGUACUUCAGUGGCAGCCCCUGGAUUAAACCUUAGUAACCAUAUUGAGGGCUGGAAUUCAAAGCUCUGCAGUUGUCUGCUGCUUUCCAAAACUGAGUCAUUUACCCCAUGAAGGAUCAGAAAAAUGAAUUAUGUAAAGUCUGACCAUCAGUUGAAGCCAAUUCAAUGGGGGAAGGAAGAGUUAUUGAUUCCAUAAAUCAUGUCAAUUGGUACCUAUUAGCAACUCAACAUUUAACUCUAUAC